UUCAACCUGUCUUCCUCGCGCAAAGGAGCUGAAUCGUCACCCUCUCAGGAUGCAGUGUCAUUCCAGCGCACUUAUCCCGUCAAAGAAUUGCCUCAGUCAUCAAAUAUCGCACUCUCUACGCUAGCUAUUGCACAUGACGCCCGCCAAUGUGAGCCACCUAUUAUGGCUCGCAUAUGCUUGUGGAAGAAGACAGUGGAGCAGCAUGCCUUCUACGCCAGACAUCAACCAGACAUGCCGACCUGGGCAGAAUCGCAUCGUUCAGCACGAGAAAAAACGUUAUGCGACGAGGAGGCAAUGACGUAGUAUGAUCUGACUUCAAAGCAGAGUGAGUUGUUCGGAAGGCACAAUCCAAAAUUCGAGGAGCAUGAGCCACCUUCCGCCGUUUGGUUGAGACUCGGUUGUGUGGUCCCAGCCCAUACUCCUUGGGAGAGUAUAUGGCGUCUCGAUCGAGUCCUCAUCCUUCGGGAACGGAGCUAGGCUGGCAUGUUAUCAAGGAAGAAGUGCGCGCAUAGUGAAGCUAAAUUUAAUUCAGAUAUAGCAUUAUCUGAUUAUCUACUUUCAUACUUAUGGUGAUUUGGAUAGGAUAGU